AUGGCAUGGAUCUCUAUACACUAUAAUGUAUUAGUAAGGCAACAAUUUGGGGCUCUCCUACUAAGAUCUAUAACUGACCUGACCACAUGCCUAAUACAUAAUGUCGAACAAGCGCUAAAUCAAGGCAUGACUGCCUCACUCCUUACCCUAGAUGUCAAAGGCGCCUUUGAUUCCGUGCUUCCUGGCAGACUGAUCCACAGACUACGCAAGCAGGGCUGGCCUAUCAAUCUCGUUCUCUGGAUUGCCUCCUUCGCUACUGGAAGAUCAGUUCAGAUCCGACUCGAUGGAGAGAUCAGCCCCUCAACAGACAUUGCCUGCGGUCUUCCACAAGGAUCCCUAGUAUCUAGCAUUCUUUUUAUGCUCUACAUAGCGCCUCUAUUCCGUCUAGGAAACCCAAGGAACAGCCAACCUGGCAAUCUCAACAUCUCUUACUACUAA